AUGAGAAAUCACACAGCAAUAACAAAAUUUAUCCUGUUGGGACUUACAGAAGAUCCACAGUUGCAAGCUCUGAUUUUUAUCUUCUUACUUCUCACCUACAUGAUGAGCAUUACUGGAAAUCUGACCAUUAUCAUUCUUACACUCAUGGAUAUUCAUCUUAAAACACCUAUGUAUUUUUUUCUUCGAAAUUUCUCCUUCUUAGAAAUUUUAUUUACAACAGUCUGCAUUCCCAGAUUCCUGUACAGUUUAUCAACUGGAGACAAUACUAUUACUUAUAAUGCUUGUGCCAGUCAAAUAUUUUUUAUUGGACUUUUUGGGACCACAGAAUUUUUUCUCCUGGCUGCCAUGUCCUAUGACCGCUACGUGGCCAUCUGUAAACCCCUGCACUACAUGACCAUCAUGAACAACAGAGUUUGUACCGUCCUCAUUCUUUGCUGCUGGAUCUCUGGGUUAAUGAUCAUCAUCACACCACUUGGCAUGGGCCUCCAUCUAGAAUUCUGUGACUCCAAUGUGAUUGAUCAUUUUGGCUGUGAUGCAUCUCCCCUUUUUAAAAUAUCAUGCUCAGAUACAUGGUUCAUAGAACAAAUGGUUAUAAUCUGUGCAGUAUUGACAUUCAUUAUUACACUCAUAGGCGUCAUUCUUUCAUAUAUGUACAUCAUCAGGACAAUUCUAAGAUUCCCUUCUGCUCAGCAGAGAAGAAAAGCUUUUUCCACUUGUUCUACUCACAUGAUUGUUGUUUCCAUCACUUAUGGCAGCUGUAUUUUUAUCUACAUCAAGCCUUCAGCUAAAGAAGAGGUGGACAUCAAUAAAGGGGUAUCUUUGCUCACUACAUCUGUUGCCCCUAUGUUGAACCCCUUUAUUUAUACCUUGAGGAACAAGCAAGUAAAAGAAGCUUUCAAUGAAACAAUGAAAAAAAUUGCAUUUAUCUUACACAAGUAA